UGGGUUGAAUUUUCAGUCUUCAGCCAUAGUUUCUAAAACAUUCAUGCUUCUAAUUUAAAAACUACUUCGAAAAUUUGUAGUUCACGUGGUUAAUGACUAGUUGUCAGCAUGAGUGUCCUAGGAAUAGAUCAGAAAUUGCGAAGGAGUUUCAAUAAGUUGAAGUCGUAUGGAGGAACGGAUAAAGAACCAGACCAAAAUGAGAACACAGAUUCUAGUAUUUUUCUUCAAACCUUCCUUCAUCACUGGGAUUCUUGUCAUCAAACUUUUAUAAACUUUGAAUCUGAUUCAACCCAGGUUCAAGACGAUGUGAUCAACGUUUCAGCACAAUUAGAACAGAUGAUAGAACUGUUGAAGCAUGAAUCUGGUACGUGUUCGACAAAUUCUAUCUUGGACUAUAUUCUCUCAGAAAAUGUUUUGGGAGAAUUGUCUGCUUGGACUAAAUCUCUUCCCUCCUCUCUUGUAGGUUCCCUGAUAAAUUUACAAAUUGAUUUAUACGAGAUUCUGAUUAUGGAUAAAGAACGCGGGAUCAGCUUACUCUCCCAUCAAACAAUACUCAGACCUUUGAUAUCAAUACUGGAACUGUGCGAAGCUCUUGGAAUUGAUGAGAUAGAGGCGAAACUAUUAAAUUUAAUCUACGACCUAUCUACUCUUCUAAUUGAGUCCCCAGAACUAAUUGAACUAUUUCUAUCUUCAUCAUCAACAUCUAAGAGGCUAAUUUUGUUUUCGCUUCUAACUCCAAACCUGCACAAAACAGGAUUGUCUGGUCAGCGUGCACGGGAAGCUGUUCUAAUUUAUAUAUCAAUGAGCUGUAAACAUAAAAUUGUGGAAAACUUAAUAGCACAAUCAAAUUUUUGUUUGAUUCUGGCCACCGGACUAUCCGCUCUUUUUUCGGCGCUUCCUAGUUCUCUUGAUGUUGAUCAUCCCUCCUGGCACAAACUUGACAUGUCCGAUUGUCAGAUGAUUCCUGAACUGGAUUCAAUGAUGACCAGUUUUGAGCUUUGUUCUGCUGUAGUAGAGGUGAAUAGAAUACGUAGAUGGGUUUUCAUCAGUUUACAACUGAUGGAUGCACCCUGAACAGUUUGAUUGAUC